AAACCGCCUUCGGUCCUGCCUGCUGGUAGAGUCACUGCAGUACCUUACACAGCCGUGGCGGUGCCAGCGAGCACCAUCACACAGUGCAGUUUUACACACAUAGCUCCGCUAAAGAUGUGAAAAUGGCGGAGCUACAAAUGCUUCUGGAAGAAGAAAUUCCUGCAGGACGAAGCGCUCUAUUAGACAGUUUUACGAAUUUGGAACGAGUCGCUGAAUACUGCGAGAGCAACUAUGUCCAGUCUCCAGACAAGCAGAGGGCACUGGAGGAGACCAAGAACUACACAACCCAGUCUCUGGCCAGCGUAGCUUACUUGAUCAACACACUUGCCAACAAUGUCCUGCAGAUGCUGGACAUCCAGGCCUCCCAACUCCGCCGCAUGGAGUCCUCCAUAAACCACAUCUCACAGACGGUGGACAUUCACAAAGAGAAGGUAGCGCGGCGGGAGAUUGGCAUUCUAACCACCAACAAGAACACUUCCCGCACACACAAGAUCAUUGCCCCAGCCAAUCAAGAGAGGCCUGUCCGCUACAUCCGCAAACCCAUUGACUACAGCCUAUUGGACGACAUGGGUCAUGGAGUGAAGUGGUUGCAAAGGUUUAAGGCCAGUGCUCAGAAUAUGAAGACUGGAGGAGGUGGACUCCCUCGCACUAACCCACCCACACAGAAGCCUCCCAGCCCACCCAUAACAGGCAAAGGGACUCUUGGGCGCCAUUCCCCUUAUAGGACGCUCGAGCCGGUGCGUCCGCCCGUUGUCCCUAAUGACUACGUCUCAAGUCCGACGCGCAACAUGACGCUCCCCCAGCAGAGCCCUGCACGCACUGCAUCCGUUAAUCAGAGGAACCGCACAUACAGCAGUGGCAGCAGUGGUGGCAGCCAUCCCAGUAGCAGUCGCAGCAGCAGCCGAGAGAACAGCGGCAGUGGCAGCGUGGGAGUUCCAAUAGCUGUGCCCACACCGGCACCACCUUCUGCCUUCCCAGGUUCUGCCCCAACCCCGUCUAACACGGCCAAACCUUCCCCCAACACCUCCACUACUGCCACUACUCCUGGGCCACCUAACUCAGCCCUAGACAGCCCCCAACAGGUCUCUAACCCCGUAGAGAUCCCGCCUGUACCUCCGCCCCUUCCCCAGCUCCCUGCUACCACAAACCCCUCUGGCACAGGCCCUGCUACUUUUGGCAACCCUGCACAAGGUUCUCAGUUCUACAGCAUGAACCGCCCUGUGCAGCAGCCACAGAGCCAACAGGUGGGAGGCUCCUUGCCAUACCGUCGACCGUCGUCUGUCACCAGUCAGCCCAGCAUGACCCACAACCAGAGCCAGCUCAAUGGUGGGCCACACUUUGUCCAGAACCAAGCAGUCCCCCUCGCUCCUCCUCCCCCCUCCAUGCAGAUCACCCCUCAGCUGCCUCUGAUGGGCUUUGUGGCCCGUGUUCAGGAGACGAUCUCAGACGUGCCGCCCCCACCUCCUCCAACAGAAGAGCCAGUGUUUGAGGAGUCCACACCUCCCCCGCCUCCCCCGGAGGACUACGAUGAUGAGGACGAUGAAGAGGAGUCUGCAGUGGUGGAAUACAGCGACCCCUACGCCGAAGAGGAUCCACCAUGGGCCCCGCGCAGUUAUCUAGAAAAAGUGGUGGCAAUCUAUGACUAUGCUCGGGACAAGGAAGACGAGCUUUCAUUCCAAGAGGGCGCCAUCAUUUAUGUGAUCAAGAAGAACGAUGACGGCUGGUACGAGGGGGUGAUGAACGGCACAACGGGGCUCUUCCCUGGAAACUACGUGGAAUCCAUCAUGCACUACGCUGACUGAACUACCACCGAAUCAUCUGAGAGGAGCGUGUGAUGGAAAAGGGUUAGGAGAAGAGAAGAGCCAAGACUUUGAUCAGGUAGCGUAUGAUCAGCUCUGUUUGAAGAGAAGAGGCAGGAGGAGGAAAGUUACGACACGACGAACUGAGAAGUCCAGUUUAAACUCUCGAAGUAGUCUCUAUUGUAAAACAACCACUAUUCUGAGUAUAUCCUUCCCUUUCAUAUUUCUUUUCUUUAUGUGACUAAGGACUGGAAAAGGUGAUGGAAUGUUUUUGUAUUCUGAGAGUUUUGAGUUACAUUACCAAACCGCCACUUUUAUUUUUGUCUCAUUUCGUUACAUUUAACCAGUUCGCCCUUACUUCAAACCAACAAGUAAAGGAGCAGUUAGAUUUGGCCGACAAGUGGCAUUCAUUCAGGAUUUUCAUUUACUGCAGCCUCGGAGAUAACAAAGGGCUGUAGAAGAAUGUCUUCAUGUUGGAAAAAAAAAAUACUCCUGACAGAACUUUGAGUUAGGUACCUCAGCAGGGAGCGUGCCAAAGCUGACAUUUAAUCACUAAGAUAAGCACAUGAAACGUCUAAAAGUGACGCGCUAAGUCACAGCAAACAGAACGUCCCAGAAGUGCUUUAAAUUUAUUGUUCUUUAAUGGGCAGAUUAUUAUCUGACAUGUUUUGCGCCACUUAUUAUGAGACAGAGGCUUUACAUGAAGGGGAUGAGUUUAGUCACUACAUACAUUUGGUCAGUGUCUUUUUAGGAUCUGGCACUGAAGUGAAAAAGAAAAGACAAAGAUCCUGACUUGGACAUUGGUCUGUUUCUUGAAGCCUUUUUCUUCAGGUAUUGUCACGAAUUUAAGAAGGUUUUUUUUGUGACAUUAAUGGUUUGCAGUGUUCAUAAAGAAUUUGACAAAUGUUUACUUAAUUUGUUUUUGGGGUGGUUGGUACAAAUGGGUCCAGAAAGUUUUUGAGAGAGUGCAUGGUAGAACAAGAAAAGAAAAAAAGACUAUUGAAAAUAUCUUAAUUCUUUAAGGUAUCAGUGUCGGAAGUGGCCUUUCAUGUAAAGAAAAACAAAAAGUAAAACAAACAAAAAAAAACCUCCAGCCUUUGGAAAACUUAACACUCACAUAAAAGAGGCCACAAGUUCAGCGAUUGAUUUUGGUUGCACUCAGGCAAAAGAAGACAUUGUUUUCCAUUUGGUUUACUUUUCAGUUUUACUUUUCAGAAUAAGCAAACGCAUUGUCUCCUUUGCUCCGUUGAAACGAACAACUAAACCUUAAACACUAUUUCCUGGUGCAACACCUGACAUCAACACACACAACUACCUUCAUCCCGUGCUUUCAGACUGGUACCUAGUGCCCUCUAGCGGCCAAACUUUACUUUAAACUAGACAAAUGCAAUAAAUGAAAAGACUGAAUCAGUAAUGACGUGGCCUCUGAUGGUUGGGCCAGUGAUGCAUUUAAGUCAUUUCUAAGACACUCGUGCCAUAUUAAGGUGUGUGUUGCUGCUGGGAGGAUAGGUCAACAUCAGUUGCAAUAAUCUGGCCAGAGUGAGUCAGAUGGACUUUGAACUACAAACCUUUUUUUUUCUGUUUUCCAUUUUCUUUGACUUAAAAGCACAUACAUUUGUAGUAUAAAGGUGUAGAAGAAGAAAUAAUAUAAAUGUGAGAUGUAUUAUGUCCUAAAAGAAAGAAAAAAGAAAAAAACAGGACAUGCUGAAUAUGAAAAGAAGCCAGCUGUUGUGUUGAAAUGGUUUUAGCCGUCGCAAGCUCCACAUAGCGUCAUUUCCUCCACGCUGUUUCCACUACGCUCAGACGCCGGGUGUUUGCGAGAGCUCAGUGCUUGUACUUACGUCAAAAUCUUUAUUUUCUAUUAAAAAAGAGAAAUAUUAACAAGUGGGACUGUAUGUGAGUCUUGCAUGCCAUUGUUCUUAUCUGUACUGGUGUCCCAAAAACCCUGUGUGGCGACUUCACCCAUUCUUUAAAGACCAGGUAACACCAGCCUCAUCCAAAGAGACUGUACAACUUUACUUCAAGCCCACGUCCAAGGAGUCGUCUCUGACUCGUUGGGUGAGAAUAGAAGGGAAGGGGAAGACGGUUUUCCUCCCCCUGUCAGUAGCCUUCAUGUGGUGGAUAGUGGAUUCAGAGGCCCUUUUGUGUGCAAUGCUGCAGAACCAUGCAGACAAAGAACCAUAAUGUGUGGGAGCAGUGAGGAAAAAUGGGAAAAAAAUGUACCACUCGUCAUUCACUGCACAGCCUGACUUUUGUUCCACAAAAGUGAAAAAAAAAACAAAAAAAAAACAACAACAGAAGGCCGGCAGGAUUCACAGCCCCUGGAGUAUCAGACAGACAACCCUCGGCAUGUCGAGUUUAACAGUCCAUGAUGCCAUUGUGUUGCACAGUUAAAGUUGAAUUGCAGAAGUAUCAUAUUUGUAAAAUCAUGAGAACAAAUAAAAAUUAUAAAGCUUU